GAGAUAAGUCUACAUGCAACGCCGAUUCAUAGAUCUCUGCUUCACCCCUAAUUUCUGAUUUCCUGGCCGGUGUCCGGCGUCUUUGCCGGCUCCGUGCUUUUUUAAUUGCUUAUAAUUCUUUUCUUAGUCUUUUGUUUCUUUGUAAAACCAAAUCCUGUAUCGAUCACUCCAUCUGUCCUUCUUUGACGGUGAAUUUCGUUGGUCUCCGGUGGUGACCUAAGGAUUGAUUUGGCAAUGGAUUUGGAUAAUCAGUUGAUUCAAACGGUGGAUUGGCUUUCGUCAGUCUCCGGUAGUGUCGUUCUAUGCCUCUUAUUCGUGAUGAUGAUUGUGAUUAAGUCUGGACCAACGGUGAUGGUCUUUGAGGUUUUGGAUCCGUCAAACAUGAUUUCGAUCCAAACAGUUAGGAUGAAUCAAACGCAUUUUCAUUCGGUAAGAGUAGACUUCUUUUGUGAUUGGAAAGGCUUUUGUUUCCGCCAUGAGUCUCCCAUAGUGGAAACGGUUUAUUCAUGGUUCGUUGGAGUGGAUCGAUCUUACGAUUUCAUCCAAAUUGAGCCCGUAGUUAUCUCCGUGAAGGGUUUUUCGACUCUCCAUGAUGCCCGACAUUCCCCUAACCAUUUUGGUAAAGGGAUUGAGUAUAAACUUCUAACAACAUGUUGGUGUAUUGGUCGGCAAAUAUGGGAUCCCGGAAAAUCAAGUCUACAGAGAAGCAAUAUAUCAGUGAAAGAGAAGAUACCAUGUGUCAUUAAUCGGCAACGAUGUGUAGGGUGUUACCAAAAACGACCACCACGAAAACCGCCAUGGAAUCAACCCACAACGGAGGAUGGAGAUGCGAUUAUGAUGCGAAUCAGAAGAUCAGAUCAACAACAAGUAUGGGUUUACGCUACAAUCACAAAACUUCAUAUCUCUUUCUUCACGAGAGUUCCCAAAUCUAGGGUCUUGCGAUGUAACGGAUGGAUCGCAGACUUUGACUUUCGAAAGCGUAAAAGAUGGUGCAUCGAUAAAAAGAAGAUGUUUCCCAAGCUAGAGAGUCACACAAGAUUGACGGAUACGACGAAAGCAACUAAGCAUAUCAUUCGGAUUGCGGCGCUUGAACUUUUUUGCUUUUUCGUUACAAAUCUAUUUGAUUGUGUUCAUACCCUUAUGGUUUAACAAUCUUGUAUAAGGGUCUUGCUCCACGUUGGCUGUGAAGUUGAUGAUCUUCAGGUUUGGCUACACAUUGUCUAUUUGAAUUUUAGUGCUUGGUUUGGUUAAUUUCUCCGUUUGAUAUUAUGGAUUUUUUGUGGAUGACUUGAUGGUUAGCAAAAUAAAGAACAAAGAAGGAUAAUUCAGAUAGCUGAGCAGAAUAUACAAGAACAGGUAGUGGAAAUCAAUUCUUCUUCAUCUUUAGGAGCUGUUAAGAAAGAGCAUUGAUUUUAAGAUAAAAACUAUUGAGGAAACAAGAUUGAAGACUGUGAUAUAUGUUGAUGCUUUUAUACACAUGCUUACAGAGAUUAUGGACGGGGAUGAUAUGGGAAGGCGAAACAUAUAAAGGAGAUUGAAGUUU